GAGAGCGCGCGCGAGGAGGAGGAGGAGGAGGAGGAGAGGCGGCGAGGGGAACGGGAGACGGCGAGACGCGCAGCCCCGGCGCCGGCGAGACUCAGCAGGAGCCCGCAGACACCCGGCCCACGUCAUGCAGUCUUUUCGAGAGAGGUGUGGUUUCCAUGGCAAACAGCAGAGCUACCAGCAGGGCUCGCAGGAGACUCCGCACCUGGAGAACUACCGGCAGCCGGGUCCGGCCGGGCUGAGCUGCGAGCGGCAGCGGCUGCUCCCCAAAGAUUACUACGGCCAGCCGCAUUACCCGGGCUACGAGGGCGGCGCGGGCACGCCGGCCGGCGCAGUGGCCACAGAGAAGUACCACCCGGGCAGCAAGGCCCUGCCUUCCCAGCAGGCCGUGCCAGGCAGGCCCAGCUUCCCCGGCUACAGCGUCCAGGACAGCGGCCCCUACCCCGGCCGCUACUCUGGGGAGGAGAGCCUGCAGGCCUGGGGGGCCCCACAGCCGCAGCCCCUGCCCGGGCUGGUGGGCAAAUACGAUGAGAACUUGAUGAAGAAGACGCCGGUGGCCCCAGGCAGGCAGUACCCCGAGCCCAGCAGCCAGCUGCCCUUCCGGACUCACUCCCUCCACGUCCAGCAGCCACAGCCGCCGCAGGCCCCGCAGCCCCUGGCCUACCCCAAACUCCAAAGGCAGAAGCUCCAGAACGACAUUGCCUCAGCCCUGCCCUUUGCCCAGGGCAGCCACUUCCCCCAGCACUCCCAGUCCUUCCCCACAUCCUCCACUUACUCCUCAUCCGGGCCGGGCGGUGGGCAGGGCACCCACUCCUACAAGAGCUGCCCGGCACCAUCUGCCCAGUCCCACGACAGGCCGCUGACCGCCAACGCCAGCCUGGCCCCGGGGCAGCGGGUGCAGAACCUGCACAGCUACCCGUCGGGCUGCCUCGGCUACGACCAGCAGAAGCAGCCACCGCCGCAGCAGCCACCCCUUCAGAGCCGGCACCAUGCCCAGGAGGCCCUCCACUUCCAGAACCUCGCCAAGUAUCGGCACUACGGGCAGCCGGGCCAGGGCUACUGUCCCCCCGAGGCGGCCGUGCGGGCCCCGGAGCAGUACUACCAGACCUUCAGCCCCGGCUCCGGCCACUCGCCUGCCCGCUCCGUGGGCCGCUCGCCCUCCUACAGCUCCACCCCAUCACCCCUGAUGCCGAACCUGGAGAACUUCCCCUACAGCCAGCCGGCACUCAGCACCGGGGCCUUUCCCGCCGGCCUGGCCGACCACAGCCACUUCAUGCCCCUGCUCAACCCCUCGCCAACGGACGCCGCCGGCCCCGUGGAUGUCCAGGCUGGCAACUGCAAGCCGCUGCCGAAGGACAAGCUCCCGGAGAACCUGCUGUCCGACCUCAGCCUGCAGAGCCUCUCGGCCCUGACGUCGCAGGUGGAGAACAUCUCCAACACGGUGCAGCAGCUGCUGCUCUCCAAGGCCGCCGUGCCCCCGAAGAAGGGCGGCGCCAAGGGCCUCGUGUCCCGGACACCGGAGCAGCUCAAGAGCCAGCACUGCAGCCCUGAGGGCAGCGGCUACUCGGCCGAGCCGGGGGGCACACCGCUGUCCGAGCCCCUCAGCAGCACCCCACAGUCGGUGCACGCCGAGCCCCAGGAGGCCGACUACCUGAGCGGCUCCGAGGAGCCCCUGGAGCGCGGCUUCCUGUACUGCGGCCAGGCCCGCGGCAGCCCCGCCAGGGUGCCCGGCCACGCCAAGGCCAAGCCCGAGUCGGUGUCCACCUGCUCCGUGACCUCGCCUGACGACAUGUCCACCAAGUCGGACGACUCCUUCCAGAGCCUGCAGAGCAGCCUGCCGCUGGACAGCUUCUCCAAGUUCGUGGCAGGCGAGCGGGACUGCCCGCGGCUGCUGCUCAGCGCCCUGGCGCAGCAGGGCCUGGCCUCCGAGAUCCUGGGGCUGCAGGAGGCCAUCGGUGAGAAGGUUGACAAGGCCUGGGCCGAGGCGCCCAGCCUGCCCAAGGACGUCGGCAAGCCGCCCUUCUCGCUGGAGAACCACGGGGGUGCCUGCCUGGGCCCGGACGCCAAGGACCCGUGGCCUCGGCCGGGGGAGCCAGAGGCCCUGGCCGACGCGCUGCAGCUGGGCAAGGGCCCUGACGCCAAGGACUUUGGCCCAGAUGGCUUGUUCGAAGACCCCUCUGUGGGCUUCGCCACCCCUGACCCCAAGAAGGCAGCGGGCACCCUGCCCUUUGGCGCCAAGUCGGCCCUGGGGGCUGCUGUGUCGGACCCCACUGUGGCGCCGUUUGACUGCUUCCCGGACCCAGCCGCUGCCGGCUCAGCAGACCCCGCCAACCCCUUCGCCUGGCCAGAGGAGAACCUGGGGGACGCCUGUCCUCGCUGGGGCCUGCCCCCCGGUGAGCUCGCCAAGGGCCUGGAGCCGGGUGGGAAGGCCCCGGAGGGCGUCGGCAAAGAGGGGGCCCCCGAGGCUGCGGCCUGCCUGGGCUUCCAGGACGAGCAGCGGCCUGGGGAGACAGCGGCCGUGCCCGGCGACUUCAGGCCGGAGGAGGCGGGCGGGGUGAAGGCGGAGGCGGGUGGCCGGCUGCCACCGUGCCACGAGGCGGGGAGGGCUGACCGCUGGCUGGAGGACAGCCGGCACUGCUGCUCGGCAGCCGACUUCGGGGACCUGCCGCUGCUGCCCCCCAGCAGCCGCAAGGAGGAGCUGGAGGCCGAGGAGGAAUUCUCGUCGCUGUGCGAGCUGCUGGGCAGCCCCGAGCAGAGGCCGGGCCUCCCGGACCCGCUGUCCCCCAAGACCUCGCUGAUGUGCACCAAGGAGGAGGUGGAGGAGGCCCUGGAGGGCAAGGCGGGCUGGGGCUCCCCUUGCCCGCUGUCCGGGGACUCCGUCAUCCUGCUGGGCCCCACCGUGGGCGCCGAGUCCAAGGUCCAGAGCUGGUUCGAGGCCUCCCUGUCGCACAUGAAGCCAGGUGAGGAAGGCCCGGACAGCCAGCGGGUGCCGGGGGACCUCGCACCCCCAGACGCACCCCUCGCCCCCAAGCCCAACAAGCCAGCUGUGCCCGAGCCCCCCAUCGCCAAGAAGGAGCCCGUGCCACGGGGCAAAAGCCUGCGGAGCCGGCGGGUGCACCGGGGGCUGCCCGAGGCCGAGGACUCUCCCUGCAGGGCACCAGUGCUGCCCAAGGACCUGCUGCUCCCCGAGUCCUGCAUGGGCCCCCCCCAGGGGCAGACGGAAGGGGCGGGGGCCCCGGGCCGGGGGGCCUCGGAGGGGCUCCCCCGGAUGUGCACCCGCUCCCUCACAGCCCUGAGCGAGCCCCGCACGCCCGGCCCCCCAGGCCUGUCCACCACCCCCGCUCCCCCAGACAAACUGGGGGGCAAGCAGCGAGCCGCCUUCAAGUCGGGCAAGCGGGUGGGCAAGCCGUCCCCCAAGGCCGCGUCCAGCCCCAGCAACCCGGCCGCCCUGCCCGUGGCUUCUGACAGCAGCCCCGUGGGCUCCAACACCAAGGACACGGAUUCGCCGGGCCUCCCCGGGCAGGACCAGCGUGCCAUGACCCUCCGCUCCCGCACCAAAGCCCAGGAGGUCUUCCACGCCAAGCGGCGGCGGCCGGCGGAGGGCCGGCUCCCCAACUGCCGCGCCGCCAAGAAGCUCCUGGCCGACAGCCACCUGCCCCCCAGGUUCGGGGUGUCCGGUGGCCCCCAGAAGGAGGGCCGAGCUGGCCAGCAGGUGAGGGUGCCGAAGCCCGGCGCGGGCGGCAAGCUGUCUGACCGGCCCCUGCACGUGCUCAAGAGGAAGUCCCCCUUCCUGGCGCCCGUCCCCACCAAGAGGCGGAACCUCAUUUUGCGAAGUGGCGGCGGCACCGGCGGCGGGGACAGAGAGGAGGCCGAGGGUGCCCCUGCCCUCUUCAAGAGGGUGUCUUCUCCCAAGAAGGCCAAGCCCGCCAAGGGCACUGGCGAGCCCCCCACCAAGCCCCCGCCCCCAGAGGCCCCCUCGCAGGCGGCCUUCCCGGGGACCGUGAAGACCAAGGUGCUGCCCCCCAGGAAGGGCCGGGGCCUGAAGCUCGAGGCCAUCGUCCAGAAGAUCACGUCGCCCAGCCUGAAGAAGCUGGCGUGCAGGGCCUCGGGGGCCGCUCCCAGCAACCCCCUGAGCCCGUCGCUGCCCGAGAAGGAGCGGGGGCCCAAGGGGGCCGGGGGCAGCCCGGCAGGCGCAGAGGAGGGCCUGGCCGCCGCGGGCACGGUGCCGAGACUCCCGGUGGCGUCCGGGGCCGACCCGCCGUGCAGAGCCGCGAGCAGCAGAUCCUUCAAAGGCAAACUCGCCACCAGUAAGAAGCUGUCCCCGGGCGAGGGUUUCAGCCCGGAGGCCUUCCCGUCCCCGGAGGCCCUGCAGCCCGGGGGCAGCGCCCUGGCGACCAAGAAGAGGAGCCGCAAGGGCAGGGAGAAGCGGCCCCACUUCGGCCCGGCCCCGCUCCUGACUCCCCAGGACAGGGCCAGCGGCACGCGGGGGGACGCUGAGGACGGCCUGGGUGGCGGCGGCAAGAAGCCAAAGACGGAGGAGCUGGGGCCGCCCGAUCCGAGGGUGCAGAAGCAGCCGGGCCACGCCGGCUACGGCAGUUACUCCAAGCGGAAGCGGCUCACGCGGGGCCGGGCCAAGAACGCCGCCUCGCCCUGUAAGGGACGCGCCAAGCGGCGGCGGCAGCAGCAGGCGCUGCCCCUGGAUCCCGCCGAGCCUGAGAUCCGCCUCAAGUACAUCUCGUCGUGCAAGCGGCUGCGGGCGGACAGCCGGGCCCCAGCCUUCUCGCCCUACGUGCGGGUGGAGAAGCGCGGCGGCUUCACGGCCUUGUGCACUGUGGUCAACUCCCCCGGGGACGAGCCCAAGCCCCAGAGGAAGCCUUCCUCCUCCUCCUCCUGCACUUCCUCCUCCAUGGAUGCGGCUGGGGGCCCCCUGACCACCCUCCCCGGGGGCUCCAGCCUGCAGCCGCGGCCCUCCCUGCCCCUCUCCUCCACCAUGCACCUGGGGCCCGUGGUCUCCAAGGCCCUGAGUACGUCUUGCCUUGUGUGCUGCCUCUGCCAAAAUCCGGCCAACUUCAAGGACCUCGGGGACCUCUGUGGCCCCUACUACCCCGAACAUUGCCUCCCCAAAAAGAAACCAAAACUCAAGGAGAAAGCGAGGGCAGAGGGUGCCUGCGAGGAGGCCUCGCCGCCCCCAGAGAGAACACUCAGAGGCCUCGAGUGCGCCGCUGCCGCCGCCACCGGGAAGCCCCCCAGGCCUGAGGGCCCGGCCGACCCGGCCAAGCAGGGCUCGCUGCGCACCAGCGCCCGGGGCCUGUCCCGGCGGCUGCAGAGCUGCUACUGCUGCGAUGGCCGGGGCGAUGGCGGCGAGGAGGCGGCCGUGGCCGACAGAAGCCGCAAGCACGAGUGCAACAAGGAGGCGCCGGCCGAGCCCGGCGGGGACACCCAGGAGCACUGGGUGCAUGAGGCCUGCGCCGUGUGGACGGGCGGGGUCUACCUGGUGGCCGGGAAGCUCUUUGGGCUGCAGGAGGCUGUGAAGGUGGCCGUGGACAUGACAUGUUCCAGCUGCCAGGAAGCCGGGGCCACCAUUGGGUGCUGCCACAAAGGAUGCACCCACACCUACCAUUACCCCUGUGCCAGCGACGCCGGUUGCAUAUUCGUGGAAGAGAACUUUUCCUUGAAAUGUCCCAAGCAUAAGAGGCUGUCCUUGUAAUCCGCCGUCCGCGGCCGAGGCGCCGCCCGAGCCCGCCGCCGCCGAGGGAGAGGAGCCGCCCGCGCGGCCCCGGGCCUGUGAGCUGCUCCCAGCGCGGGGCCGGAGCUGGUCCUCGACUCGGACCCUCGAUCCGGGUUCCACCCGGGACCGAGAUGUGCGGCCCCGGGCUGGAACAAAAGAGAAACGGCCGUCGCGGAGCCGCCUGCUCCCGGGCCCCGGACGCACGGGGCGUUCCCGCCCACCCACCGCCCCCGGGGGCCGGGGUCGCAGAGGGGGCGCCCGCCGAGCGGCCAGACUCCCGGGGGCCCCCACGCUCCAGCAGCUGCUCCCCGGCGGUUCCGAGACGACGUGGCGCGCGUUGCGCGGGUGCUGCCGCCCUCCCCGUCGGCUGGGGUGUGCGGCCCGGCGCUCUCGGGGGACCCCGAGGAGGGGAGGCCGGCGGCCGAGGGUGCCGGAGGCUUGGGGACAAGCCCGUGGGGACGCGGCCAAGCGCCCCGGCCAGAGCUCCCGCGGGGUGUGGGCGGGACCGGGGGACCCCUCGGCUGCUCCUGUGCGCCCCCCUCCAGCGCGCCGCCUCGUGUACAAAGCCCGCGCGCGCUCCCUGUUCCGUAGGAUGUACAUAUGUCGGACACGCUCGCUUCUCCCGUGUGUCGCCGCCGUGCGUCGUGCGCCCCGCAGGACAGAGCCCCGACCGGGCCCCGGCCGCGGAGGGGCUACCGCAACGACCCUCCCCACGCAGCCACCACCGGCCCGGGCCAGUCCCCGCCAGUCCGUCUGCUUGUCCGUCCACGUCCUCAGCUCUGUCCACGCUUCAAUAGGCCUGACGCAGACCCCCGGCGCGGGGCCGCCCUAGCGACUUCCUGUACAUGACUGUAAAAUGGUAACCGUGUGUAUUAUAUCUGGCCUCGUUAUAUAGUGUAUAUAUAUGUAUACAUAUACAUAUAUAUAAUAUAUAUGAAGACUGUAAAUGUUAAGACGACUAGUGUUCUUAUUAGUAUAUUGCUUCACACUGAAGAUUGUGUGUAUCGAGCUGUUUCUAAAAGAUGUUUAUUUUCCUUAAGAGUAAAAAAAAAAAAAACAGUCAUUGCAUUCAGAAAAAAAAAA